AUGUUGACAUCCGUUGCGGCUCUUGUCGGUCUCUUGGCCUUCGCUGAUGCGGCUCACAACCACGGCCACGCGCACCUGCACCGCAGCCAUAACCACUCGGACGAUCUGUUGGAAAAGCGCGGCGGUUCCUGUCAAUUCCCUAGCGAUGCUGGUCUGGUCGCGGUUACCCCGGGCUCUUCAAACGCAGGAUGGGCCAUGAGUCCUGAUCAACCUUGCAAACCGGGUAACUGGUGCCCCUACGCAUGCCCUCCAGGACAGGUCUCGAUGCAGUGGAAUCCCGAAGCCACGUCCUACACCUAUCCUCAGUCGAUGGAUGGUGGACUGUAUUGCGACGAGAAUGGCCAAAUCUCAAAACCCUUCCCCAACAAGCCUUACUGCGUCGACGGAACUGGCGCCGUGACUGCCGUCAACAAGGCCGGCAAGCCUCUGUCCUUCUGCCAAACCGUGCUCCCCGGUGAUGAAUCUAUGCUUAUCCCGACUUUGGUCGAGGAUACUGCCACUCUGGCUGUUCCAGACACUUCAUACUGGUGCUCGACCGCUGCUCACUACUACAUUAACCCUCCCGGAACUGGUAACGACGGCUGCAUUUGGGGAACCAGCGCCAACCCAAUCGGAAACUGGGCAUACUUUGUUGCCGGUGCCAACACCGAUUCCAGUGGAAACACUUUCGUCAAGAUCGGUUACAACCCAGUCGUUCAAGAAGCCGCCACCCCGUUCCGUAACACUCCUGCUACCUUUGGUGUCGAAAUCACUUGCGAUGACGGCGCUGGCUGCAACGGAUUACCUUGCAAAAUUGAUCCCUCCGUUAACGCUUUGAACGAGGUCACUUCGUCUGAAAGCGCUGAUGGCGCCGGAGGUGCUGGAUUCUGCGUUGUUACCGUUCCGAAAGGCAAGACCGCAAACAUUGUCGUUUUCGAAGCUGGAAGCAGUGGGACUGUAAGCUCCAGCAGCAGCUCAUCCAGCAGCUCGUCAAGCUCUUCCACUUCAACUUCUACAACCCCAACAAGCACCGCUGCUCCUACAACUACUUCUCACAGCUCGACCACCUCGUCCUCUACUUCAAGCCCGACGUCAUCUACUCCAGGAAGCACGACCUCGCCUACUCCUUCGUCCUCUGACUCCUCUUCUGACGCCUCGUCUACUCCGUCGUCGACUCCCAAAUCCGCUUCAGCUAGCUACAGUUACGCACCACAUGUUUUCGUCGAAACAGCCGCUAGCGGAGACAGCAGUGCUACGGCUACUUCAGCUGGCGGCUCUUCAUCUUCACCUUCCGCCAGCCCAUCCUCUGCCGCAUCGCCAAUGUCGACUGGCUCGAUGACCGGUCUGGCCUUGUGCCUGAUGGCCGGCAUCAUGGUGCAAUUUUAA